AUGGCAGAAAUGGACGAAGACACGCCAAUUACCCUCUUACAUACGAAGGUUGAUGAAGACGACGACCCGAGCGAUGAAACUCCAGACUUCCGGCUUCUUGCAGCGCUAAACACAAAAUCAGGUCAAUUGCCCAAACGCGGAGAGAAAGACUUUGAACAACACGGUACCAAGCAUCAAGAUGGCAUUCUCGAGGCAAGCAGACAGGCUAUGCACGAUGCGUUAGCCCAUACCAGAUUUCAUAUUGCAAAAAAUCAUACGAGAGCCUUUUACUACGGGGAUGGGGGCAGCUUGUUGAGAGACGAUGUCGUUCCACCAGAAUGGAGGAAAGGCUUAGAAGACGACCAUGUAGUUGUAUUGGAGACGGCCAAAGGAAUCCAUUGGAAAAGCAUGGGAAAAUCAACUACAGGUCAAAAGCGCUCAAGUAUAUGGCUGCUUCCGGAAGAAGCACUUUACUUGGUGGAGAGAGGCAAUCUCGACUUAUGGUGGCCCACACGAUCCUCAUUUAGAGGAGUGUACCAUGAUAAGGAGAGUGAGGAUACCGUUGGUGGGCAGACUGCCGAGAGCGAAGAACAAUUGGAUGAAGGGUUCCCCAUGAGCUUACAAGCCGCAUAUGCUCUCUUAAUUGGCAAGGAUGGGGAAAGAGGUAAGGUAACUCUGGAAAGAUACAAUGUAUACACCAAUCUCAAAAGAUCUGGCUAUGUGGUGCUUAGAGCUCCCGCAUGGUAUGCGACCAAAGCUGGAGAGAAGAAUGUCUUUGAAGACGUGCCAUCUAUCAAGCAGUCCCCAAGCAUGUUUUCUUGGCUCUUUGGCAGUUUCUUUUCAGAACCAGGUAUCCAGCCCCAACCACUUGGGCCAUUGGUAAAGCCGGGCAUGUACAGGUCAUAUAACGCCAUCUAUCGGCAAAUCGCCAUCAUCCCUAGACAUAAGCCAGCAGCUGUGCCACAAGAUCCAUCAUCUCCACCUGAAGAUCCUUAUCGGGUGGUUUUUCAUAUUUGGAAGCCCAGCAGCGCUCCCACCUUUACCAAAACACAUCCAGGACUACCGGAUGUUCGGGUUGCAGUCACCAAUUCGCGGUCAACGUUGAUUCCGACCUUGAGAGAACUUACUUCUUUGUUGGAGAGCACGCCUUGGGAUCCGCCGGGAGCUGAUAUGAUUGGACCAUCCAAGCUUUAUCAGCGUUUGAAACAUGGCUGGCGAAAUGUAGUUUUGGCUGUUAUCGAUCAAGGUGUCAUCAGCUAUUUGCGACUUGGCGAAACAGCGUUUGGAGAAGAAAAGCUCUGUGAAAGGUUUGACCAAGGGAUUGCUGGAGGCAAUAAGCGAGGCGGUGGCGCAGGACGGGGAGGUCGCGGGGGGCGCGGGAGAGGGAGGGGGAGAGGUAGAUAG